AUGGUACUGCAAAGUGCCGACACCGCUCCAUCAAAAAGCCGUAAACCUCGCGAUCCUCAUUGGAAAUGGGCGGAAAUGCCUUUGCUCAACAACUACCAACCCUUUCCGCAGACCUUCCGUGCUGUGAAAGAAGCGCCUCCACCACCUCAAGACGACUUCAAUCCCGAGAAUAUGUUCAAGCCUCGCAAUGAGCGCGGGAAAGUUUUUGCCGGUCGACGCAAAGUUACUGCUGUCAGCUUGCCUUCCCUCUUCAAUCUAUGUCUUCGUGUUUUAUCUAACAACAUUAGGGUUCUGUACUAUGCGGAAUAUAUUAACUAUGACGUACUCAAACCUAUCUUGGAAAAGUGUAACGCAGAAACACUUGCACAUAUAGAGUCCAGACAUCCUUACUUGGAACAAGACUCAGGUGAAUUGUGGCAGCGCAUUGUAACGAAGAAGUAUCCAGGGGAAGAACCGGACGAUGGUGAUUCUUGGAAAGAUUUGUAUAGUUUCCUAGAAAAACAGAGAGAGAAGAAAUUGAAGCAACUCAGCCAGCGUAUUGGAAAGCACCAUCAGGCCGAUUCAGCAAAUGCACCUCGUAAAGCUAUGCUAGCCGAUGCAGCUGCUCCGAGCUAUGUAAGACGCCGACAGAUUCAAAAUGGCACUGUCAUUACUAAACCUCUUCCGAGUGCUAUAGAAGUCUCCAGUGCUCGUAGAAAAAUAUUCGAAACAGGAGGCUGCAAAGACGCAUUGGCUGCCCUUCCGAAAGCAGUCGUGAAUAAAAAUUCGACAGUGGGUGCAAAGAUGGACAGAGGUGCCAAAAAAGCUCCGGCAAAGAAGGGUGCGCUCAUGAUUAAGACAAUGAAAAUGCUGAAUAUGAAGCGCAAAUGA